AUGAUUGAUCCUACUGGUUAUGGUUUACCAUUUGGUGUUUUAACUACCGGUAUGAUUAUUGUAAUUUGUAUGAAUGCAGCUGUUGGAUUUUUUGGAUUUUUAAGAUUUGGUGAUAAAUCUGAAGGUAGUAUCACGUUGAAUAUACCACAAGUGCCUUA